CCGGACACGGACACCGCCUUGGUAGUUUCGCUGCAACACUGCCGCGACAAAUAAGCUCAUUGUCUCCUGGAACAUGGAGAUCCUUCUUUCUUUCCGUCUCGUUCACCACCAUCAGGCAAAAUGGAGACGCCAUCACAAAGUACACUCGCCCUCCUAGGCGUAGCCGCGUUGUCCAUCGCGCUUUACAGCAAUACUCAACGCAAGAAACGCGACCAGCUGCCUCCUUCGCUCCCGCAACAAUUCUUUCUUGGCAACAUGAAGGACUUUCCGUCCAAAGGAGAAAUGUGGGUCGAGCACAGAGACAUAGCCCAGAAGCUCGACAGCGACUGGGUCAACUUCAACAUGAUGGGGAACAACAUGCUCGUGUUGAACUCGUACCAGGCGGCGAACGAGCUGCUUGACAAACGAGGAGCGGUGUACAGCGGUAGACCGCGCCUGGUCAUGCUCAACGAGCUUAUUGGCUGGGACUGGAAUCUCUCUCUUAUGGACGCGGAGAAACCACAUUUUGUGUCAUAUCGACGCGUCCUCUCGCAACAGUUUCAGCCGAGCGCGGUUGCGGAGUCGUACCACCCACUCAUUCGACCCGAGGUUGUGGUCAUGCUUAAGAAUAUCUUGGACCGUCCUGAAGAUUUCCGGCAACUUAUCAAACAUAUGACGUCUUCCCUCAUCCUUAUGAUUGUCUAUGGGCAUCGAACGAGCCCCAAUGAAGACAGAUUCGUGAAGAUCAUGGAGGAUGCACGUGAUGAUAGCAUAGUAGCCAGCGAAAAGUACAGCUUCGUUGACUUUUUCCCGUUCUUAAAACACUUGCCCGAGUGGUUACCUGGAGCUGGCUUCAAGAAGUUGAAGUUUGCUCGUGAGGCACGUAGUGUCUCCACAGCAGCGCGGCGGGAGCCCUAUCUUACGGUUAAAGAACGAUUGGUUGCAGGCACAGCAAAGUCAUGCAUGAUGACGACACUUCUGGACGACGAUUCCCUGAAAACUUCAGGUCUCGAUCGCGAAGAGCUCAUCAUGGACUGCACCAGUGCGUUGUAUGGCGCUGGUGUGGAUACGACUUCCGUUUCUCUCUCCACCUUCGUCCUCUGCAUGCUCAAAAAUCCCGAGGUUCAAAGACGUGCUCAAAAAGAGCUCGAUAGCGUCACAGGAGGAACCCGCCUCCCCGAGUAUGCGGACCGCCCGAACCUUCCGUACAUCGAAUCUAUCCUGAAAGAAUCUCUGCGUUGGUUGCCCGUUGCCCCACUCGGUGUCCCGCACAGGGUGUUCAAAGACGACACAUACCGAGAUAAACUUAUACCCAAAAACACGACGGUGUUCGCGAACAUCUGGGCGAUGAUGUAUGACCCUGAGGUGUACGCGUCGCCAAAGUUGUUCAUGCCCGAACGAUUCAUUGCUAACGCAGGUAAAGGCGCGGAACCUGAUCCGAAGCGCGCUGUUUUUGGUUUCGGAAGACGUGUCUGUCCUGGAAUGCACCUCGCGGACGCUACAAUGUGGUUGUCGGUGGCUAUGGUUCUUGCUACGUUCGACAUUUUGGCUCCGACGGACGGGAGUGUCGAGCGGCCUGUCGAGGUCACAUCGACCUUUACUGCCGCGCCUCCGGAGUUCAAGUGCGUGUUCAAGCCUCGCUCUGAGGCUGCCAUGAAGCUUGUUCGGAUGGAAGUUUGAAAUUCACUCUUGCUUUUUAACGAACACUUGGUUUGCUUUGACCCAUGAAACGUCUACAGAACGUUCGCGUUUUUCAAGUACAUGGACGUUGCCGCACUUACGAUCUCCUCGCUGUACAUAUCAUUUCAUAAUCAGCCAUAAUUGCAAAGGGCUACUUUCAUCGCC